CAGUCAGUGCCCUUAACCUCUGAGCCAUCUCUCUAGCCCCUCACUUCUAGUUUCUCUGUGUGUGGAUAUCUAGCUUUAUUUUUUUCUUUUUCCCCUUUUUAUAGAGUGACUAGUAUUCCAAGGUGCACGUGGACCACAUUUUUAUUAUACAUUUGUCAGAGAAUGGUUCUUAGAUGGCAUCCAUUUCUUGGCUAUGGUAAAGUGUGUUCUCCUGUCAUUCUAAUUUCACUUCCUGUGGAUAUAUAUCCAGCAUUGCUGGAUCGCAUGGUACCUCUAGUUUUGACUUUUCAGGGAACACCAGGUUGUUUUCCCUAACAGAGUUGUGACAGUUUACACUCUUACCAGCAGUGUUCAAUGGUCUCUCCUGCCCACACUCUUGCCAGCUCCCGAUACCUUUGUUCUAUGUGAGAAUGGGAGUUCUUUCUGGGGAAGGUGUAUCUCACUCUCUGUGGUUUGCUUUACAUCUUCCCAGUGCCUAGUGAUCCUGAAUAUCUUUAAUGCAUCCACUGGUUGUACCUGUAUGUGGCCCUGACUUGCCCAGUUUAGCAGAAUCCUGCAUGCCAUCUGCUGUCUUUGAAAGGCUAUAGACCACAGGGACAUUUGAGGUAUCUUGUUUUGACCUGGCUCAGCCACCAGGAGUCACCCAGAGCCAAAACAGGGAGUUGAUAAUGAAGAAAGAACAAUGCCAGGAAGAUAAUGAACAGAGUCAAGAAUGUCUCUAGCUGCACAUCUGUUCUCCAUUGAAACAGCACACCAGAGCAAGAACAGGAAGCUGCUGACACAGCUGGCUCACUCCAUCCGCCUGCUCCUGGAGUACACAGACACAAGCUAUGAGGACAAGAAAUACUCCAUGGGGGACGCUCCCGACUAUGACAGAAACCAGUGGCUGAGUGAGAAGUUCAAGCUGGGCCUGGACUUUCCCAAUCUGCCCUACUUAAUUGAUGGCUCACACAAGGUCACCCAGAGCAAUGCCAUCCUGCGCUACCUUGGCCGCAAGCACAACCUAUGUGGAGAGACAGAGGAGGAGAACAUUCGUGUGGACAUUUUGGAGAACCAGGUUAUGGACACCCGCAUGCAGUUGGCCAUGGUCUGCUACAGCCCUGACUUUGAGAAAAAGAAGCCCGAGUACUUAGAGAGUCUCCCUGAGAAGAUGAAGCUCUAUUCUGAGUUUCUGGGGAAGCAGCCCUGGUUUGCAGGGAACAAGAUCACCUAUGCGGAUUUUCUCGUUUAUGACAUUCUUGAUCAGCACCGUAUAUUUGAACCCAAGUGCUUGGACGCCUUCCCAAACCUGAAGGAUUUCAUAGUUCGUUUUGAGGGCCUGAAGAAGAUAUCUGACUACAUGAAGAGCAGCCGCUUCCUCUCCAAGCCAAUCUUUGCAAAGAUGGCUUUUUGGAACCCAAAGUAGGCCGACAACGCCCAGAUCUGGGGGAAUACUCAUGAGUGCCCUGCUGGCUCUGGGCCUCGAGCACGGCUCUGGCUCCCAUGACGUGCAGCUUUCUCCUUUCCACUCCCUAUUCCUCCAUUUCCUCUUCCCAGUCCUUCCCUCAGUCAAGCCUCUGGUUCCUCAGGCUCCCCAUUUCUUCAUCAGUCUCCUCCUAUCCCGUGUCUCUGCCCUGCAUCCAGCCCUUCCCUUACUGAUGGCUGGCAAAAUGUACCAGACCGCAGAAUCUCCAGCGUGGCCUGAGAGAUUAGAUCUGCCCGUGUGCUGCCCUGCUCCUCAGAGUGAGCAGCUAAGCCCCAUUUGAUUCAAAAUAAAGUGUGAGCCACAUU